AUGGACCAACAAGAAAGUGCUGCUGAGGAGCUGAUACGCAAAGUCGACAAUGCGGUGAAGGAGUUUGGGCUAUUGAAACAAAGCAUUAAGAAUUACCCGUACCAGGUGCUGGUGGGCGAUUCUCUUGAGGAAAAGCGGCAGGCUCUAGCCAGAUUAGACGCCGUGCAGGCGCAGUAUAAAGUACAAUUAGACGAGCUGAACGCUGAAAUUGAAAAGACAGAGGCAGCAGGGCUGGAAUUUGAACGGAUGGUCCAUGACAAGUUUGUUUCUGAUCGCGAAAGGCUGGCAAAGGCGAGCGCCAACAGCAGCAGGGCCGAGCUGAUGGAGGCUCGACGGACUCUGGCCGACCUGCGGCAACGGCUCCAAGAAAAGUCGCGAGAAGUCGUGAAUAGAGGCAAGGUACCUGGCGCUACUGCAGUUAACGCUGAUGACGCGCUCUUGCUUGCCCUGUACGAGUCUCUCGGUGUGUCGUUGGAAAAGAGUGUUUCAGUGGAGAAUCGCUGGAAAGCGAUCCAGCAAUUAACAAAUUAA